CACUAAUUGUUAUCAGGGGGUAGUGAGGGGAGCGGCGUGGCAGGACCCCAACCGACCAACAACACGGGCUGGUGCUCCUUGGACAUGGUCUGAUCGUUGAUAUUUUUUCCCUCUCACACGGCGAAUAGUGCGGGUCAUCGAGCCAUGAAGUGGGUAGUGAGUGUGUGUGUGUGGCUGGUGCUGCUAUGGGAGGGUGUUAGCAGUGUUCCGAGGGAAGGGCCGCCAGGUGACAAUAGUUAUUUGAGGGGUGGCAAUAUUCCACCCCCAGGAUCCUAUAGGCACAGUGGGCCCGUGGGGGUGGCAGGCGACAGCGGGAGAACCAUUGCCAAAAGCACAAUUGUCAAGCUCAUAGAAGAAGAGGACUGUAAGGAGGAUAUUCAUCGUGUAUGCAAAGAAGACGUUCGUAAUAACUUUGCUGUCUUGGAAUGUUUACAAAAUGAACGGAGAGAUAUCCAUGAAGUCAUCAGUGAUAAAUGCAAUCAUCUCUUGUGGAAUUACAAGAUGAACCUGACACGCAGUGGCCGUAUAGAAGAAUUGGCCAAAGAUGUUUGUGAAACGGAGCUCAAGCAGUUUACCGACUGUGAGGCGCAAUCUAUUCCAGGCCACACCAUAUCCUGCAUGGCAGAAAAGCUGGACCAGAUUAAGGACGAGCGUUGUCGACAGUACCUUCUCCGCCUAGCAGCAAUAGUCUUUAGUGAUUUUCGGUAUGUGGAGAAUAUGGUAAACAACUGUAAAGAGGAGAUUGAAAAAUUCAAAUGUGGUCGUGUGGAUGUUGCACACGAAGGUCAGCCUCACUCCCAGGGCUCCACCAUUGAAUGUCUUACAAACCAUGCUAGUCAGCUUAAUCCACCAGAUCCUAAUAAGCAGCUUGGUCGCCAGUGCCACAAGCAGAUUCUUAGAUUAGCUGAGCUCCAGUCAGAUGACUUUCACCUUGAUCGAGCAUUGUUCUUUGCCUGCCGUGAAGACCGUGAAAAAUUCUGUGAAAAUAUACGGUCUGGAGAGGGUCGUGUCUACAAGUGCCUUAUGAAACAUAAGACUGAACGGGGAAUGAGCAAGGAGUGUGUUGAUCAGAUAUCGCGCCGACAACAGCUGACAGUGCAAGACUAUCGUGUGAAUCGAGGAAUUGUCAGAGCCUGCAGGAGUGCCAUCUCCGAGAAUUCCUGUCGCAAGGGAAGUUCUGAUGAUAUCCAUGAAGUGAAACUCUCGCGCAUUUUGCUGUGCCUUGAAAAUGCUCUUCGAAAAGGAAUAACUAUUGAUGGAGAUUGCAAAGAGGAGAUGCUUGCACACCGUCGACAACUGAUGGAGGAUUACAAGCUGUCUCCAGACCUGAUGGUGUCUUGCAAGAAUGAAAUAGAUUCAUUUUGCAAUGGAGGAGUUGAAACUGGUGGACGCACACUGCAUUGCCUUAUGAAAAAAAUCCGCAUCCACAACCCACGCAAGCACGUCUCAGACCAAUGUAGAAAGGAGCUAGAGGCAGUGGUAAAGGAGUCGGAUGUUGGUGAGGAUUGGCGUGUGGAUCCGGUGCUGCACGAGGCCUGCCAUCCUGUAGUGGAGUCUACUUGUAAAGAUGUGAGAGGAGGAAAUGCCAGAGUGAUGCGAUGCUUAAUGCGCCACAUCGACUCCCCAGAGAUGCCUGCGGCAUGUGAAGCAGCUCUAUUGGAAAUACAGUAUUUCGUGUCUCGAGACUGGAAAUUGGAUCCCCAACUUCACAUGGCAUGUGUCGAUGAUGCAGUAAGGCUGUGCAAGGCUAAGAAAGACUGGGCUGAUAAUCCACCAAAUACAAAUGUACAAAGAGGAGCUCAGGUUCUUCCCUGCCUGUUUCGUUAUGUUUACCAUCCAAAGGAGAAUUUAAGGUUAAGCAGCAGUUGUAUGCAAGAGGUUCAACGUGUGAUGCAUGAGAGAGCAGCCUAUGUGGACUUGCAUCCAGAGAUAGAGAUGGUUUGCAUGGAUAAUCUUGCUCAGUUUUGUUCUGAGAAAACUGGACCUGGAGAUGAAAUUGCUUGUCUUCAAGAAAACCUUGAGAAGUUAAAUAAGGAGUGUAAAGAUGCAGUGAGCAACUACACAGAGGCUGAAGCAAAAGACACUAAGCUUAAUGCACAGCUGACAAUUCAGUGUGCUGCUGCCAUUCCUCAGAUGUGUAAAGAGGAGUCACAACCUGGAGGUGAUGAUGGUGCCUUGAUGGAGUGUCUUAUUCAUCAUAAAAAUGUAGAAACGAUGAAACUUUACCCAAAAUGUCGAGCUGUAAUUGAGCACUUCCAGCUAAUAACCCUGAAAGACUAUACGUUCUCACCACGGUUUAAGGAGGCAUGCCAAGCAGAUGUUGCUCAGCUGUGUAGUCGGCCAAAACCUAAGAACAAGGCUGAUGUGAUAGAUUGUCUGAGCACAGUUGUUCGGAACGAUAUUAUAAAUAAUGAUAAUCACCACAUUUCGAAGGCCUGUCGGCAACAACUCCGCCAGCAGCUAAUGCAACGCCAUGAGAACAUAAAGUUGGAUCCCAAAUUGCAGCAUGACUGCGAAGAGGAUGUCAACAAUUUCUGCAAAGGCAUCCAGCGUGGUAAAGGAGAAAUUCUUGAGUGUCUACGUGAUCACAAGAAGGAGUUGACUAAGAAGUGCCAUGAGCAGCUAUUUGCCCGUGAGCAAGAGGAGCAAAUGGACCCUGGCACAGAUGUGGUUUUGGUGACGUUAUGCAAACAGAUGAUCAUGCAAUACUGUCAUGAUGUGAACUCUGAGAAGCUCCUUUUCUGUUUAAAGGCCAAUAAAGAGGAGCCAAACUUUGAUGGAAAUUGUCGGUCAAUUGUUAUUCGUCGGAUGGUGGAGCAGACAACUGAUACUCGCCUCGACCCAGAUCUCCUUAAGGCUUGCAGACAUGACAUGGGCAAGUUUUGCAACAACUUCUUUGAAAAGGAGAAAGUUACCAGUACUGAGCUCAAUGGCUUAGUCACAGAUUGUCUGAAGAAGCAGCUACCUGACCACAAAUUGAGCUCAACGUGCAAGAUCCAAAUCAUGUCCCUUGCACGCACUGCUGCUCUCAACUAUAAGAUGGAUCCCAUGCUGCAAGACAAGUGUAAAAAUGAUAUGAAGGUCUUGUGUUCGGACCACCUCGAUGAUACUGAAGGGCACAUGCUGGAGUGUUUGAAGCUAAAUUUUGAUGCCAGCAAGCUCAAAUCUGAAGAAUGUAAAGUUUAUGUAGCACACAUAAUUGAAACUCAGCGAGCUGAUAUCCACGUAGAUCCUGUUCUCAAUGAAGCAUGUGGCAUAGACGAUAGUAAAUAUUGUGACGGCAAGGAAAAGGGUCAUCAUCUGUCAUGCUUGUUGGAUGUCCUAGAGCGAAAUCCAAAUGGUCUGAAAACGGAAUGUCGUGAGAAGCUGAGACAACGCCGAGAGAUGUACAGUGCUGCUAUGAAACUGACGAAUGUUAAGACAAUUGGGGAGCUGGUGGUACACGUUUCCAGCUCGCCUGAGAGGAACUACCUCCUGCUGGUGUUGAUCACUCUAAUUGGAGUCAUCUUUGUUGGUGGCCUGUUUUGUGGACGUGCCACAAAACGCUACAAAUUGCUUAAGGAUAGAUAAAGAUGAGUCAGGGUUUAGCUCCUUGCCUGAAUGGAACAUAUUUGUUUUAUCUUUCCACACUACAUCACUGAGAGGAACGCAUCAAAUAUACAUGUGUUGGGAGCAUAAUAUGCUUGCGAAGGGGGAUUAGGUAACAGACUUGUAAAAGAAAAAGGUUUUACCAUUUUUACAUUUAAAUUUGUUAUCCAAGGGCUCUUUGGUGAUUUAUUUUGAUGCUGUGAAGAUCUGGCAAUAUAUGCAGUACCUGGAUAUACAGGAUAUUGCAUAUGAAGGUAAUAAGAAGAGUCCAUCUCAAUCAGUAGGCUAGAAGUAGAGCAAGAAUUCAUUUAAAUAAAUCAAGAUUUGUGUAUAUUAGCGAGAUGGUAUGUUUUGUUUUAUUAAGCAUGUCUGUGCAGUACUGAAAUUGCUCAUUCACCAUAUUUCUGCCUUCUUAAUUAUACCUCAGUGUUCUUGAAGUAAACAUCCAUUUCACAUGCAAGCAUUAGACAUUGUUAUCAGAUCUAUGAAUGCAGAUUAAAGUCACUACUUGUCUACAUUUACACAUUUCUCAUUAACAUGAAUAAUGGCAAUAGAGCCAUAAUUAGAUUUUACAAUUAGAUAACCAAAGGUAUGACCAUCAAGCAUGUUCAUUACUGCAACGUUUCUUAAUGUGGCACAAAAUUUAUAUAAGAAAUUCAUGUCAAAAUUGAUAUAAUUUACUGUUGAAAUUUGGUUAAUUGAAGUUGACUUUAUUUUGUAACUUGAUCUGGAACAGUGAUUAUGUGAAUAUUUUUAGUAUUUCCUUUGGUUAUUAUGGAAUUGUAAAUAGAAUUGGUUAUAAAUUUAAAAUUUUUGCUUAAAUUUAAAGUUAACUUCCAAUGUUGUGAAGAUCCAGCAUGCAGGAAACAGCAGGAUUAGCAAGCUAUUUCAGUCGAGUCAUAAAAGUCUAAUUUUUGUAAUGCUUCUUUAAAACUGGGACUUGUAGAUAGAAAAGGAUUAAGUUGCCCCAUCUCUGAAAUAUUGCAGUGUACUUGAAACUGUGUGAUUGGUGAAUAUCAUUUCUGCAAGUUUUUAUUUUUUUUUAAUUUGAGUGGGAUUAUCAUCACAUGAUUUAGAUUUGUUAUGAAAUGAAGAGAAUUUAAUGAUAUAUUCAUAUACAACAUUUUUAUGGUAUAGUAUAAAGUACAGCCUGUGUAUGUGCAAAUAAUUCUUUUACAUUUCCAAAAUGGUACUUUUGUUUUUAAUUUUAUUCUUGUAUUAUAUGAAGAAUACCAUUCAUUGUGAGCAGUAAGACUUGGAAGACAACCGAUAUUUAAUGCCAUAUAUAUAGACUGUUAGUUUGAGUCCAUUCUCAGAAGCUAGUACUUAGUAGAAUGUCUAUUUUUGUAAUGGAAAAUUUUAAUAGUAGAAAAGAAAUUGUACUUUUAUGGCUACUGUUCUUUUUUUAGGAACAAUUUGCUUUAUACCUAAGAACAAAUUGAGGCAGAGAUUUUUCCCUGUCAGAAUAUAAGAUUUUGUGGAAUAUAGUUUGUUGUUUUUACUAUUUAACAUGAUGUAUUGGCCACCAUAUUUCAACAUUCCCAACUAAGACGUGAUAAUGGAUAAAUAUUAUCUACUCUCCCCGUACUGUACAUUUGCCAACAUUUCAUUUUUGGCAAAUUACACAGUACUUUAUUUAAACUUGAGGCAUGUGGCAUAUAUUUGUCACCCAAAUCACAACAUUCCACUUAACAUACAGUUCAUAGAUUAGAGGAAUUUGUGGUUAAGAGACCGGGUGAAAUAAGUAUUAUACAUAUAUUUUGUUCAUAUUUGCUCUUUAUUGUUAAGGUAAGAUUGUCUUGGUUAUAUAAUAGAGCAAAUUAUAAUGCAAAAGUUCAUGUUGUUGCAAAUAAUUUGCGUUUUUCUUGGGAAUAGUUUUGAAGCUGCACAGGACUAUAUACUAAAAUGAUUCACCUGUGACUAGAGAGUUUGCAGCUCCAGCUAAGCUGGGAUAUUUUUUGUUUGUGUGUGCGUAUGUGUGUGUGUGUAUAAAAUCAUAUAAUUUCUUCUUUUUCGUGCUUUAUAUUUAAAUACAAUAUAUUGUAUAUUAGUUUGUUAUAAUAAUGUUGGGUAUGAGACUUAUAACACGGCACAAAUUUAUUGUUGGUGAUUUGUUCUCCCGUCAUGCAUGUUGCAUCGUAAUCUCUGUGAUUUAAAAACUAAAUAAUCCUUUCAUAUUAUUUGAUACGGAUAUGUUGUGUCACAAUCACUGGAUAAAGUGUAAGCUGUUCAUUUGGGUGAUCAUAGGUCAUAAUAUGCAUGAACAGGAGCCGAUUCUUAUUUUGAUUUGCCGAUUAAUUUUAAGUGGUCACUGGUGGUGUGCAGUUUACAUAUAUUCUCUAUAAUUAGUCAAAAUAAGCAGCAUCAUUGGAAGGUGCUAUAUAAUGAGUCGUAAUAGAGUGCAUAUAGGUAAAAUCAGUCAGUGCUAAUUCUGUGUAAUGAUUUUUGACAGCACAAAAGCAUGAGGUACAAUAUGUAGAUGCUAAAUGCAAGAUAAUUUAACCAUGUGCUAAUUUUGUAAUUUUACCACUCGAUACUGAAAUCAAUUUCCUGAACAUAAAUAUUUUUCUUUUUGCCUAAAACAAGGUACAGUACAGUUAGGUGUUGUUCUACCCAAGUAGAACCUGGUUUCAACAGAAGAACUUGUCUUUUCAGUCAAGCUCAUAAUUUAAUUUUUGUGUGAUAUUUUGGUAUAAAUGUAUGGGAAUUGUGUGUUCUUUCAUUUGCAUUAAUAAAAAUAUUAAUGCAAAAAUGGCAAAAAGAUUAAAUGUUCAAUUUGAAUAUAUAUCUCGGUUCUUUAGAUGGCUCUAUAAGCAAUUAUUCUACAUAAUUAACACAUCACUGUGCAGUGCUUACCUUUAUGGCACACUGCUAUAAACUCUCCCACAGUUUUUAAAACUUCCGUUUCCCAUUUUCUGUAGUGCGGUUCUUACCCGUGUAUGUAUUAUUUUUAUCAUGUUGCUUUACUCCUACAACUUUCCUCUGUGUUUACUUCUCUCAUAUUCUUAUCUUUUCACACAAAAUAAAUCCAGUGGUAAUUAAUCCUUUUGUAAUCCCCAAAAAUUGAGCCCUUAUUAUUUUUUUUUUACAGAGCUAUAUGGUGGCCUAAAGUAGGAAGCUAUAAUGUUGAACAAGUUUUGUUCCUUCCUUUCUGCUAAAAUAUGGGUAAAGGUCACAAGAUGAUUAUAUAUAUAUUAUUUAAUAUCAAAAUUCUUCCUCUUACAUUUCUGUAUUGCAGUAUUUUAUGAUAUUUAUAAUUUUACAUUGAACAUUGCACCAAUUUAACAUAAUUAUCUACCAUUCUCAAAAUAUUUUCAGUGUUAGAAGUGAGUGUGUGAAUUAACACCAGUUAUACAUAGUAAAAUAGUAACAAUAAGGAUUCAAGAGUUUGUCUAUUAUACUGUAUUACAAGACAUAUGGUAGAAAUGAAAAGUAAAAUUAAGAAACAUUUGUUAUAGAACAGAUUAGAAUCUCAAGAUGUGAACAAAACUUUAAAUGUUUACAGUAAAGGACAAAUUCUUCAGAAAUCAAGAAUUGAUAAAAUCAGAGAUUAAAAUCAUAAGUGUUUAAUAGGUUUUAUGUCGAUACAGUAUUGUAUUUUUAGAUUACAAUAAAAUAUACAGCAGUACUGAAUGGCGUCAUGUAAUUUUUCUAUAAUUGUUGUAUAUAUAUAUAUAUUACUAUGUCUCAUGGCAAAAUUUCAAAUAUUACUUAAAAAGUAAUGUAAGACUGGAACUACAUAUAAGCGGAUGUGCUGUUCCCAGUGUUUGGUUGGUUAGAAGGAUUUGCAUGCAACUUCCCUCCCAUGUACAAAUGGAAAUGGUUAAAUCCUAAGAGUUUUACUUGAGAUAUAAAUCUGCCCUAUCAUUGAUAACGCAAUUGGCAACCAGUGGAGAGAGAUGGUUAGUUACUAUGAAUAACAAAACGUGUACAGUACUACAUUUAUGUUCUUUUCCCCAUGGCCUUUUUCCAGUCACUGAAAUAGGAAGUUGGGAAAUGUCUCUGGCUAGUUUAUGUAUUGGCCACACAAGACUUACUCAUGAGCACUUAAUGGAAUAGAAAGCUGCACCUUGGUGUUGGAACUGCCUUAUUCCAUUAAUAGUCAUUCGCCUCUUUUGUUUUUAGUAUGUUCUGAUUUUUAGGAUCGGAAAUUUUGGUUUCCAAAUUGGUUUCUUUACAUCAUCAUGUGUCCCUCAACAAAAUCCUUCAUGAAUCUGACUCCUUUAACAUGGUAUCUAACAAUUCUCGAUUCUUCUGUGACACACAGUGCUAUACAGUAUUGACAUACAGGCUUAGCACAUUCUUAUAAUAAUUACUUACUUGAGUCAUUAAAUGUCACUGCAAUGAUUAGAUGAAUGUUUAUCCUGUAUCUAUUACAUCAUUUUCCUUUAGAAUGUUGAGACAGUAAUAUCAUCUCAAGGCAUUUCUACAAUUGAACAUCAUAUAAUUAUGUAUUUAUAUUUAUAAUUAAUAUCUUAACUAAAUUAUUUAAAUUAAUAAAUAUUAAUCUAAAUAUAAUAAUGUAAUGUACUUAUUCAUGUAUUUCAUAAUAAAGUACAGUAUUACCAAAUUUUGUAUCAGAGACAUAAUAAAGGAAUUGUAUUCAUUCAUUCAGGAUAUUUUUAGCAUCUCGUACAACUUGUGAAAAAACAUUGUAAAAAUUUAAAUGAAGUGCACAAUAAAUGCAAAUGGCCUUAGGUAGAUUGUUAGACCUGUGUGAAUACCUGUGUGUGCAAGCUCUAUGGUGGAGGUAAGAGCUGGUGUGAGAAUUAGUGCUUAAAUGAAUAGUCUGAAAUAAAAUUGGGGGUUGUGGCAUUGACAGGUAGAAUUAUGAGAAAGGGCUUAAGAUACUGGCUAAAAAAUAGUCUUCAAGUGAAUACUGUACAGCAAUAUGAAGUGUUAGGGAAUGUGAUAAACUUUUGGGUGGUGCUGAAGUGUGAAAGUAACAGGAAUUUUCUUUAUUGAAUGGAUUUGCAGUAGGGUAAAUAUUUAGUGUCAACAACAUUUCGCUUGGUAACUUUUUCAGAUUUAAAGAAACUCUUCAGCAAAUGAAUUAUCUGUAAUAAAGCCUUACCCUU